AUGUUGUUGAGGAAAACGUGUUUUCUCCUUCUGAUUUCGGCUGUAUCACUGUUCGCCCAAUCGAUUGAUGAAGAAGAGCGUGUGCACGUCGGAGAGGGAAGUGCUAAUGGAAUCACUGACGACGAAGACAUGGAGGUAUCGAACUCUUAUCAUCUUUUGCCCAACUAGAAGAGAACGAGAGACCCAGAGUUGACCUUUUCAUCAAAUUUUAUCAGUCACAAAACAAAGACACACAUCAAUUUUCGACCGUGGUCCCUUUGCCUUGCACACAGUCCCAAAUUGUUUGUAUUGUGCUGACCUGUAUAAAACUGUCGAUGAUGCAACACCUCCCGAGCGGUCAUCCUACCCCUACAAUGCUCAUGCGCAAUAAGGGCCACAAUUGAAUUAAAAAUUACCGUAGAGGGACCAUCUCACACCUGUGCAUCAUUUUUCCUGACAAUUACGUACACUUCUGUUGAUCCUCAAUGAGGUGUCGCAAAAGUGGACGGAUUAGAGCGUCCGUUUGUUAUUUCUCAUCAUCAAAUUCUUGGUUUCGGGGGACGGCUCGGGGGAGAAACAAAUAAAAUUAUCAUCACAUGGUGGGUACUACGUGCUUGAGAAAGUCAAAUAACGUUCAAAACAGACGUUCGGCGGCUCAACAAGCUGUAAGAUUGCGCGCGGCGGAGACAAAAGCGGCUCACACGCUCCCCACCCUGUUGUACGGCUUGUUUGACUUUCCCCGCUAGAAUCUGUGCUGCUCCCGUCGUCUUGACAAAGUGUGUCCAACAAGAGGGUUUAGGUUUCACGUACAGGCGGCUUCGGCUUCGGCACUCCUUCUGCUCGCGGGUCAAGACCCCGAGCGGGAAACGGCCCCUACUUGAGUACAAGCUUGAGGACAGGGGCUAAUCAAACAGAGGAAGACCAUAUGUACAUGUGUUGUUUUAGAUAUCCCUUCCUUCCUGCUUCCUCCCCUUCUUUUUUGUGCCCACCGCACCCUGGCAAACGGGACUAAUGAGAUUCGUCUUUGCAGGGAUCUUCUCUUCCUCCAGACACAUUCUAUGCAACCACUCCUCAGUUGCGACAAAAGUUCUCAUCAAGCACCAAGUUGGAGACCACUACCAGAAAGGUUUAAAAAAAAGCUAGGAAAUGGUUCUAAAAUAACAAUUUUCAGCUUGUGACCUUCACCACCGCCGAUGAAAUUGUCACUUCUCCGAGAACUAUCAUCGAAUCGACAACCACUGAUGCUCGGCCAUCGGUGCCAUUCGGAACUUCCAUGUUCUUUGGAACUCAGGGAAUCUUCAUCAUUCUCGGAGCGAUCAUGGUUCUUUUGAUCGUUUUGAUCAUGGUUGUUCUUUGCUUUAAGGCUAGAAACAGUGAGUUUUAAGUAAAUCAAAAUAGUUUCAUUUUUCAUUUUUGUUUUUCAGAUAAGAAACAAGCCUACCGGCCAGGACAGCGAGAAAGUCCAGACGCACUGCUCAAGGAGUAG